UCCUGGUUACCGUCAUAUGACCGGGAAGCCGCGGUUUCGGACAUGAUAGCUGGUAUCACUAUAGGCUUAACGCUGAUACCUCAGAGCAUUGCAUACGCGGCCCUGGCUGGCCUUACUGCCCAGUAUGGACUUUACUCGGCAUUUAUGGGUGCAUUUUUAUACGUCAUCUUUGGUACCAUUAAAGAAGUAUCUUUAGGACCAACAAGUUUAGUUGCUCUGAUGGUUUUGGAAUAUUGUCAUGAAAAACCAGUCGAAUAUGUAGUUUUACUAGGCUUUUUAGCUGGUUGCAUUGAACUUAUGAUGGGAUUACUGAAACUUGGAUUUUUAGUCGAUUUCAUAAGUGCCCCAAUCGUUUCGGGUUUUACAUCCGCGAUGUCGUUAAUAAUUAUUUGUGCGCAGGCAAAAGGUUUGCUAGGGCUGCAUUAUACAGGACAUGGAUUUGUGGAUACAUUGAUGCAGCUAAUACAAAGGAUAUCAAAUGCGAGAUUAGCUGAUUCUAUACUUGCCUUAUGCUGUAUAGUUUUUCUUUUAACAUUAAGGAUAUUGAUGCCACGCCAGACAGUUUCGACUUUUGGCAGUUACAUAAGAAAUUGCGCCAGAGAAAAAGGAAAUAAAAGACGUGAUGAAAUAGAUUUAUAUCUAAAUAAACCAGUCACGCCUAUAGCAAGCAACACUAUAGAAUCAUGGAAAGAUAUGAGGAAAAUUGUUCCCAAUUUAUAG